UGCAGACAUGGUUGUAGACUCCCUGUUUCGGGUCUUUGUGGAGUGUCUCUGGGGUCUAGAUUUAACCUGACCCUCCUCUCCCCUAACAUGUCUUGAAAACCCUAAUGUCUGCCUCUUUUCACUUCUGAUUACAGCUCAGGGUCAAUCACAGUUGGGCGGUUAAGGUAUUUGGGAGCUGUUUCUUCUUGCUUGUCCCUCGUAGUGAAAUUAUUGUGUGGUCAGACCUUUGUUCCCUCCUUCAGUCCCUCUCUGCAGGGUUGGUUUUUGACUCCAUCUGUGAAGGAGGCCCAGUUUUCCCACUGACGGAGGCAGCAGUUUGGUGCCAGUUAAUCAUUUCUGAUCUCUCCACGCUGCCUCACAGACUCGACCCUCUACACCUUUCAUUUAGAGAAGCGGUCUCCAUCUCUUCAGACAUGUUUCCCUGCUUAUUUCUUGUCCUGGUGUUUUGGGGCCCGGUUGGCGGCGGGCCCCUGACAAACCCCCACCCCGACAUGACGGACCAGGAGCUGUUCUGGGGCAGCGACCAGUACGACUUCUCCGUGGUGCUUCCUUCUGCAGGGUUGGAGUGUUUCUGGCACUUUGCUCACCGCGGAGAGAGAUUCUACGUGAGCUUCACGGUCCAGUGGGUGACGGGAGUCGGCCACGACAGACACCUGUCUGUCAGCGUGAACGCUCCCAGCGGUCUGUUAGUGUCGACUGUUGAUGAUGCAAAGGGUCAGAUCAACUUUGAGGCCGAGGAAACAG